AGCUGGAAUGAUGUCCGAGGACAGCAUUGCACAUUUGUGGCACUGUUGCCGAAUCCGGAGUUGGCGAUGUUUCAGUCUGGACUCUGCGUUCCGCAGUUUUGUACGGAGGGUUUUGUCGGUCAGGUGUACGGUGGAUAUUUGGAAACUAAGGGUGCUUCGGUGGUUCCGAUGUUCGGCGAAGGUCAGAUGUGCAACAAGGAUCGAGACGUGGUCUUUAGUGGCGGAGUGGUUACAGCUAUAGUGAUCUUUUCGAUACUUGCCGGACUUGCGCUGGCAAGUACGUUGUACGAGGUUGUCCAAAUCAUCAGGAAUCAAACCGUAAUCGCGCUGUACAGUUCAUUUUCCCUAUACAAAAACGUGCGGGGAAUCUUCCACACAACUCCAAGAAUAACAGAUCCCGAAAAGCAGUUGAGUGUGAUUGAGUGUGUAAAUGGAGUUCGAGCUUUAUCCAUGCUUUGGAUCAUCAUAGUACACAUCCACGAGAGUAUCAUCCACGUUCCGAUUGAGAAUGCUCCGGGCAGAAUGGAUUACAUGGGAACAUUCGGGUCGUCGAUCCUCUUUACCUCCGGGUACCUGGCCGUGGACACCUUCCUGGCACUCAGUGGUAUGCUGGUUGCUUUCAACAUCCUGAACGAGCUGGACAAAAAUGGCAAGAUCAACCCACUGAAGAUGUACCUGCACCGGUACAUCCGAAUCACUGGACCGUAUGCUGCGUUGAUCCUGUUUGGAGUGUCGUUUGCAAAGUACAUGGGAGAAGGACUGCUGUGGAAUCCGAUUAUGGACCACCAUGAAGCAAGCUGUUCCAAGUACUGGUGGUCAGCGCUACUCUAUAUCCAAAACUACGUGAAUCCCACGAACAUGUGUUUUGGCUGGACCUGGUACCUUUCGGUCGACAUGCAGCUGUAUAUCAUAGGACCAGCGCUGAUUUAUCCGUUGUGGCGCUGGGGAAAGCGCGUCCUCAUCGCGAUUGGUGGCCUGGCAGUGCUGUCGAUGCUGUGUGUUCUGACGACCUUCCUGAUUAACGAGUUCCGGUUCAACUUUAAUACUCCGAACGCUGGAGAUCGUGCGGUGCUCACGUACUACCCUACCCACGCUCGAAUGUCCGUCUGGUUGCUGGGAGCGAUCUUCGGGUACGUCCUGCACGUCAAAAAGACCAAAGGGAUUAAUCUGCCGGAUCGGCGGUAUGCAUUUGGAUGGGCGACCUGCUUCGCGAUCCUUGGAGUGAUCUUGUACGCGAACUUCGAACUGAUUCGUACUCCGUACGAGGAAUUUUCUCACGUGAUUGACGCGUUCUACGAAGCUUUCGGAAGGUCGUUCUUCGCAGUUUGCGUCCUCUGGGUGAUCUUCGCCUGCGUCAACGGGAAAGCCGGAGUGAUCAGACUUUUGAGUAGCAGCCUGUGGCAACCUCUGUCGAAGCUGUCGUACACGGCGUAUCUGCUGCAUGUGCUGCUGCUUAUGAUGGCGUCGGUAAUAUCCGUGAAGACGGAUCUUCACUUCAGCGUGAUCGACCUGUUUUAUCGGAUCUGGGGAGCGUUUGGACUUUCGUUGAGUGUUUCAGUGCUGUGGAGUGCACUGUUUGAGAUUCCGUUUGUGACAUUAGAUAGGAUAUUGCUGCGAUAAAUAUAGUUUG